CACACGCAACUUUACGUCUGAGGCCAUGUCGACUGCUGCGCUUGUGCUCUUGGCCGCGGCCGUGGCCAGCGGCGUCUACGUCUUCUUCAGCAACGCGCCCGUCGUCGACAUCGAGGCCUGUCAUGGCAUGUCUCUUGCCUUCCUCAUUCAGGGCGUGCUGCCCACGUGGCUGGGCGGCCGCGACGACAAGCUCGGGACCGUCCAGGCGCUCUGGGCCUGCGCGAGCCAGUACCAAGAGGCGCACGCGAAUUUUGUGCUCGCGAGCUUCGUCGUCGUGUACGUGACGCUGCAGACGUUCGCGAUCCCCGGCCCGAUCAUCCUCAGCAUCCUCUCGGGCGCGCUGUACCCGUUCGGCUUUGCGCAGCUGCUCGUCGCGUUCUGCGCGACGACCGGCGCGUCGCUCUGCUUUCUGCUCUCGCACUUUCUUGGCCGCUCGCUCGUGCAGCGCGCGUUCCCGGCCAUGAUUGCCAACUUCAAGGACAAGAUUGCCUCGAACCGCGGCAACCUCUUGUACUACCUCCUCUUCCUGCGCCUCACGCCGCUUCUGCCCAACUGGUUUGUCAACGUCGCGUCGCCGCUCGUCGACGUCCCGUUCGGGCAUUUCGUGCUCGCGACCUUUCUCGGGCUCAUGCCGGCCAACUUUAUUCACAUCUCGACGGGCGCGACGCUCAACAGCGCCGCCGAGGCUGGUUCGAGCAACGUCGUCAACUUUUGCAUUCUCUUCAGCUUGCAGUUUCUCGCGCUCCUCCCGACGCUCUUCAAGUCCAAGCUCCAAGCGCUCGAUGCCAAGGCCAAGACGCAGUAGGUGGUGUAAUACAGUCAAACAUCAUCUUAUGGCUCA